AGGUAUUUUGGCUGAAGUAAGGUUGGCUCCAGCCAGCUCCAGGGCUCGGCUGUAGCGUAUUCAGUCGUGCCCCCCGUAUCUCGUUACCAUGCAGCUUGAAUCUGACGACGUCCCAUGGGUGUCUGAACCGCCUGGAGGUGUGAUGAAGUCGACCCGUGAAUGGGCAGCGGCAUAUCCUGAGUGUGCCGCAGAGGAGUGGCAGACUCCGUUCUUGCCAAUUCGGAACUGGCAGGUCGACCGCAUUUUACCUUGGGCUGCGCUGACAGCUGAUGAUGUAGUUUGUGAUCUUGGAUUUGGCGACGGGUCUUUUCUGAUACGAGCCUCUUCAGUUAUUGGUUGCCAAUGCACUGGCGUAGAGAUCAAUGGAGACCUUGUGGAACGCGCCAAGGCCAAUGCUGCGAGUAUGGGCAGCAGCGUUUCAAGCCUGAUCGAUUUACAAGAAGGCUCCUUCCAGCAGUUCAUGUCAUCUGAGUCCUUUGCCAAAGCAACAGUGAUAUUUGUGCAUUUGGUGCCGGGCGUUCUACAAAAGAUGGCUGAACAGCUUGAUGAUCGAAUUGCAACUGGUGUUCGAGUGAUAUCCCAAGGCUAUGAGAUACCAGGUCUGUGUAGCAGGAAAACAUCAGAACUUGCAUACAACUGUGACGAUGAGCGUGAUCCCACUACGGAUGAGGCCCUUGCCAAGUUCAUGGGGCACGCCUUCCUCUAUUCGCAAUGAGGCAGCUUCUUGCACGAUGCAGUGCUACAUUAAUGAUUGUUAGCCCACGCGGGCAAAUAGUCUGAAUCUCUAUCUAGAAACAUUCUCUGCUUCCAACAUACUUUAACCGCGCAUGAAUCGCCACACUUGCGCGUAGCCCAGUUGGCAUUUGUGGCCGCCAAGCUAUCGAUGGUAACCUGACGUCCGAUUCCGUCUGGACUUAAAUGCAGAGUGCACCCUCUUCGCAUCGUCGGGAGUUGGAGGGGGAACAAUCUGGCUAGCGGCAGUCAGAUGGGCACAAUGAGCACGGACGAGGAG